GGCCGAAACUAGGAAGAAACUUGGAGCUGCCUAGGCGCUCCUGGCAGGGUCUCUGUUCCUCCUGUGCCCCGUGGCCCGGCAGCGCGAAGCUGUCGGGAUCCCUGGCCAUGGGGCAGCCCCGGCCCUCCGCAGUGUGAGGCGCGGGGCCUCCCGCGGGCUCCCCGAUAGGCCGAGGGCGGGCAAGCGGGAGGCGUCGUUCCAGCUGCGGUCACGGCCGCUGUCGGCCGGGCUCCCGGCAUCAUGAACAUAGACGUGGAGUUUCACAUCCGGCACAACUACCCCUGGAGCAAGUUGCCGGCCAACGUGAGGCAGAGUCUUGGAAAUUCACAGAGAGAAUAUGAAAAGCAGGUUGUUCUUUACAGUAUCCGCAAUCAAUUACGAUAUAGAAACAACUUAGUUAAACAUGUCAAGAAAGAUGAACGCAAAUAUUACGAGGAGCUGCUAAAGUACAGUCGUGAUCAUCUCAUGCUGUACCCUUACCAUCUGUCAGAUAUAAUGGUAAAGGGCCUGAGGAUAACACCGUUUUCAUACUAUACUGGGAUCAUGGAGGACAUUAUGAACAGUGAGAAGAGUUAUGAUUCAUUGCCCAAUUUUACUGCCGCUGACUGUCUAAGGCUUCUUGGCAUAGGAAGAAAUCAGUACAUUGAUCUGAUGAAUCAGUGUCGGUCGUCAAAAAAAUUUUUCAGAAGGAAAACGGCUCGUGAUCUUCUACCAGUGAAGCCGGUGGAGAUCGCCAUAGAGGCGUGGUGGGUGGUGCAGGCCGGAUAUAUCACAGAAGAUGACAUAAAGAUAUGCACAUUGUCUGAGAAGUGCGCUAUUGAUAAGAUCAUCGACGCAGGCCCUCAGCUCUCUGGAUCGCUUGAUUACAAUGUAGUACAUAGCUUAUAUAACAAAGGAUUUAUAUAUCUGGAUGUCCCAAUAUCUGAUGACAGUUGUAUAGCAGUUCCUCCUCUUGAAGGUUUUGUAAUGAAUCGGGUACAAGGGGAUUAUUUUGAAACUCUACUCUAUAAGAUAUUUGUUUCCAUAGAUGAGCAUACUAAUGUUGCAGAGCUUGCAAAUGUCCUUGAAAUAGACUUAUCCUUGGUUAAGAAUGCGGUUUCAAUGUAUUGCCGAUUGGGCUUUGCCCAUAAGAAGGGACAAGUAAUAAAUUUGGAUCAGCUUCAUUCAUCGUGGAGGAAUGUUCCAUCUGUAAACCGAUUAAAGAGUACCUUAGACCCACAGAAGAUGCUGCUGUCGUGGGAUGGUGGGGAAAGCAGGAGUCCCGCGCAGGAAGUCUCAUCAGCCACUGACACGGACACCAAUAGUCAAGAAGAUCCGGCGGAUACAGCCAGUGUAAGCAGUUUGAGUUUAUCUACAGGAUAUACAAAGCGCAUUGCUUUUCUGUUUGACUCAACUCUUACUGCCUUUUUAAUGAUGGGAAAUCUUUCACCGAACUUGAAAAGCCAUGCGGUCACCAUGUUCGAAGUUGGUAAACUCUCAGAUGAGUCUCUGGACAGCUUUCUUAUAGAACUAGAAAAGGUUCAGAGCACUGGUGAAGGAGAAGCACAGAGAUACUUCGAUCAUGCACUCACUCUGAGAAACACAAUAUUGUUUCUGCGUCAUAAUAAAGACCUAGUUGCGCAAACUGCACAGCCAGACCAACCGAAUUAUGGUUUUCCUCUGGAUCUCUUACGCUGUGAGAGCCUUCUUGGUUUGGACCCUGCGACGUGCAGCCGAGUUCUAAACAAAAAUUACACACUGCUCGUGUCCAUGGCUCCUCUCACCAAUGAAAUCCGGCCUGUGAGCAGCUGUACCCCUCAGCAUAUUGGACCAGCUAUCCCAGAAGUCAGUUCUGUCUGGUUUAAACUGUACAUUUACUACAUCACUGGGCAGGGACCACCAUCUCUUCUGCUGUCCAAAGGUACAAGACUUCGAAAACUGCCAGAUAUAUUCCAGGGUUAUGAUCGAUUACUCAUAACAUCUUGGGGCCAUGAUCCUGGGGUAGUUCCUACGUCAAAUGUGCUCACAAUGUUGAAUGACGCCUUGACUCAUUCGGCAGUUUUGAUUCAGGGACAUGGUUUGCAUGGGAUAGGAGAAACUGUCCACAUACCGUUUCCAUUUGAUGAAACAGAACUACAAGGAGAGUUUACUCGUAUCAAUAUGGGUGUUCAUAAAGCCUUGCAACUAUUAAGGACCAAAGUGGACUUGCAGCAUUUUUGUGGCUAUGUCACCAUGUUGAAUGCUUCUAGCCAGCUUGCACACCGAAAACUCAGUGAUGCUUCUGAUGAACGAGGAGAACCUGAUUUGGCUUCUGGCUCGGAUGUAAAUGGGAGUACAGAGUCAUUUGAAAUGGUCAUUGAGGAAGCAGCUAUAGACUCGUCAAUAAAACAAAACUCUGUUGCCACAACAGAAGCAGAUUGGGUUCCUCUCGAGCUGUGCUUUGGAAUUCCAUUGUUUAGUUCAGAAUUAAACCGGAAAGUUUGUAGAAAAAUUGCUACACAUGGCCUUUGCAGAAAAGAGAGCCUUCAGAACCUCUUACAUUCCAGUAGAAAACUCUCUCUACAGGUCCUUAACUUUGUUCACUCAUUCCAGGAAGGUGCUUCAACCCUGGACGUUCCCACCGAGGCCGGCUUUUCCAGCGUGCUCUCGCAGUCCUGCGCCGAGUCGGGCGUUCCACUUCCGGCAAAGAACUUAAUAUUUAAAGAUGGCGUCUUGUCAGAGUGGAGUGGACGGUCACCCUCCUCGCUUCUUAUUCCUAAUCUCCAUUUGCAAUAAUUUGGUUCCACCCUUCGUUGCUCACACUUCUGCCUUUUUUCUUUCUUGACGUUAGCUUUAUAGUGCCAGCCACUAAAAAGCAUCGUGCUGCGGCAGCGCAGUUCACGCUUCACUGAUGUUCAG